CGAGACUUUAUUGAGUAUAAGAAUAGACAUGGCAUGAAAAUAAUAUUUAUUUGAUAUAAAAUAAAUAUAAAAAGAAUUAUAGGUUCAAAUAUUACAAAACACAAGUAGAAAAAUAAUUAUUUGUUGUUAGAAGUGUCAUAAAGAUAUAUACGUAAUUACUAACAUAAGUAAAAAUGGACAAAUAAUUAAACAAAGCCAAAUCACACUCGCUAUACUUUCAAUUUUCUUUUCCCUCUUAUUUGUUUGUUACAUUUCUCAAACAUUAUCGGUUAAUACUAUCUUCCCCGUCCAAUUUUCACCUUCUUUUUCAUUCUCUCUUUUGUUUUCGUCCUUUUCAUUAAACACGAAUACGAGCAUCGCACGAGCACGUAUAGGCACGACAUGAUUCGAUCCGUGCCUGGGUCUGGGUCGGGCCUAGCAAAGUUAAUAAAUGGGCUUGCAUGGCACGACACGAAAACUAACGGGCCGUGCCAAGCACGACACAAAAUAAAUGGGCCCGAAGCGUGCCCGUGCCGUGCCGGCCCAAGCACGGCCCAUCGCCCAUGUACAGUCAAGGCCCAAGGGUUAAUAGGUCACCCGUUUUAGCCCGGAAAUAUGAAAAGACUCAUUAUAUUCCUGAUAAAUUACAUGUGAGUUAUAACAUACAAUAGUCCACCAAAAUAAUAUGUCAUACUUAGAUCCAAAAUAUAGUGAAAAUUCACACACACUUAUAUAACAUCAAUAUUCAAAUGUUCAACUUAGGAUUUCAAGGAUUGAGUUAGGCGAAAAGAAAAAUAAAAAAAUAGGCACAUUCCGCAAACCAAAGAAAAAAAUAACACAAUUUGAACUCCAACUCGAUACCUUAUAACGAUUGACCCGACGGAUACCUGCGGCCCAUUUUUCUACCAGGUCAGUGUCAAAAAUUGGAUCAACGGUCUUGAUGCAUAUUUUGCUGGGUUGGCUUUAAAGUUGCUUCAUUUGAUACUGUGAUACGACAUCGUUUUUGUAUUUUGUGCAGUAUGUCUGUAUUGUAAUCUGGAGCCAAAAUCUCUGAUCCACUGUGAACCAAUAAGCCACUGCCAAGUCACCCUCCCAAAAUCGUUCUCCUCCACCAUUUCCAUCCUCACAAUAAGAUCCAUUCCUACCCAUUUCCAAUCUCACUACUCCUUCCAUCUCCAAUUCUUCUCCCAGGAACCAACACAGAGACACCAAAAUCCCCAAACCAACCCAGAAAACAAUGGCGGCAAGUUCAGCUCUGUUCCUCACCCCAACCAUCCAAACCCCACACCAGAGCCUCUCCCCUUCCACCAUCUCCUUCCAGGGCCUCCGCCCUCUCCGUCUAACUUCCACCGCCGCCAGAACCUCCUUCCCAACACUCACAUCGCGGCGGAGCAUGGCCGUGAAAGCAGAGCUGAACCCAUCUCUGGUGAUAAGCUUGAGCACUGGGCUGUCUCUGUUUUUGGGGAGGUUCGUGUUCUUCAACUUCCAGAGGGAGAACGUGGCGAAACAGGGUUUGCCGGAGCAGAACGGGAAAACCCACUUCGAGGCUGGAGAUGUCAGGGCUAAGGAAUACGUUAGCUUGCUGAAAUCGAACGAUCCAGUGGGUUUUAACAUCGUGGAUGUUCUUGCUUGGGGAUCGAUUGGCCAUAUUGUUGCUUACUACAUCUUGGCCACCACUAGCAAUGGCUACGACCCCAGUUUCUUUUGAGUGAUUUUUUUGUUUUUGGUUUUUGCUAAGUGUAAUUAACUAUUGUGUUUCAAUGUGAAUUGCAGCAGUGAUUCUCUUGGUUCCAACCCUCAUCCUCUUUAACCUUUUGUGUUGGUGCUGUACUGCUGUGUUUGUGGAAAGAAAGGUUGUUGCUUUGGAGUGUUGGAUUAGAGAUUUAUCAUCAUUUUUUGGUGUUUUGAUAGCUCUGGCAUGGCCAAUGCAAGGUCAUUGGUAGAAUCUGAAUUUCGACGUUGUAUUGAAAUCUAAGUGUUCUAUCAGAACCUUAAAAUAGAUGAACUAGUUUAUCACAUUCGUAACAUAUCUAUAUAUCAAGUAGUUUACGGGAUCAAUCUGCUUUCAAUAUCAUAUCGAAACCGGCAGUAGUUGAGAAUUCAUAUUCCAGUCUCGAUAACCUCCGGUAUUAACGCUACGAUGAUUUGGAAUUUCACUUUGAACACUUAUAGAUGAUACAGUUAUAAAGAAGAAAGUUGGACGAACACAUAAGAUGUAUAACUGGGAUUCAUCCCAGUCUUACAAACAAGCACUCCAAGCGCCAGGAGUUGCGAUCUGGAGCUCUGUUUUGUGAACUGGUUAGUCCUCGCUAAUACGACCCCCAUCAGCGUAGUAACCGGACUGUGAACAGCAUACCGCAGUGGACUGAAUGAAUGUUUACUUAUUUG